AGACCUGUGGACUCCAACUCCCAGAAUUCCUCAGCCAGCUUUGCUUUGCUGGCUGAGGAAUCCUGGGAGUUGAAGUCCACUGGUCUUAAAGUUGCCAAGGUUGGAGACCCCUGCUGUAGAACGUCAUCUUCUCAUUAAGCGCUGGAAACCGAGAGAAUUACAGUAAAAACUCCCAGAAUGCAGCGCGAUACAGAGAGAUACCCUUUUACCGGGUAACUGUUGCGACUGUCGCGGAACUUUGCGGCAACAGCGCGCGGGCGCAGCUGUCGGCGGUGGGGGGGUGUUUUCGGUGACGCCCGUUGUGUGUAAAUUACAGUCGCAUUCCGAAGGUAUUUUAACAGCUACCGCAGUCACCAUCUACUACCCCUAAGGCAAGAUGGGACGCUCCUCCAAAGACAAACGCGAUAUUUACUACCGUCUGGCCAAGGAAGAAGGGUGGCGAGCUCGCAGCGCAUUCAAACUUCUGCAGCUGGAUGAGGAAUAUCACUUAUUUCAAGAUGUCUCCCGGGCUGUGGAUCUCUGUGCAGCACCUGGUAGCUGGAGUCAAGUUCUGAGCCGAAAGCUCAAAGGAGAAGAUCCUAAAAAUGCAGAUAUCAAAAUAGUGGCUGUAGAUUUGCAAGCCAUGGCUCCAUUGCCAGGAGUCAUUCAAAUCCAAGGGGACAUCACCAAGGUUUCAACAGCUCAGGAAAUCAUUCAUCAUUUUGAGGGGCAACCAGCCGAUCUGGUUGUAUGUGAUGGAGCCCCUGAUGUGACUGGACUCCAUGAUAUAGAUGAGUACAUUCAAGCCCAGCUGUUGCUUGCUGCCUUGAACAUCACUACACACGUCCUAAAGAAAGGGGGGACAUUUGUAGCUAAGAUAUUCCGAGGGAAGGAUGUCACUCUUCUCUAUUCCCAGUUGAAAAUAUUCUUCCCUGAUGUAACAUGUGCCAAACCCCGAAGUAGUCGCAACUCUAGCAUUGAAGCCUUUGCUGUUUGCCGAAACUACAGUCCCCCUGAAGGUUAUGUGCCAAACAUGUCCAAUCCCUUAUUGGAUCAUUGCUAUGAUGUGGAUUUUAAUCAGCUGGAGGGUCCCAAUCGGGUCAUUGUCCCUUUCCUGGCUUGUGGCGAUCUGAGUGCUUAUGAUUCUGAUCGGACCUACCCGCUACAGCUGGAUCCUGAGAAGGAGUAUACCUACGUGCCCCCAACCCAGCCGCCCAUUCGUCCUGCCUAUGAAGAAGCCUGCUUCUUAAAGAAACACAACCUCCUUACCAAGGAACAGGGCCCCCACUCUCAGCUGCCAGAGCAAGGGGCUUCAAAUGUUCCUCUAGAGACUGAGCUCGUAGAUGCCCUGGAAGAACUGUCAGUCUAACGUAAUCACGGGACUAAGGAAAGAAAAAUGUGACCCUGUGCCGGGUUGAAAUACUACAUUUUAUCUUCUGCAGGAGCAAAGGUGGGAAGGAUGAGCUUGUCUCCACAGUUGGAACUUUGAGGAGGCAUGGGAACAUGGAUACUAUCACAAGCCUUUGGAGCCACAGUGAAAUGCAAAAGAACUCUGCCCCUCUAAUGUAUACACAUAAUCAUAGACAACCUGGAUAUCCAGCAGCAGACUUCAGAAGCAGACUGCCUGUAACAGAGAUUGGCCAAGGCUGUUGUGCAGGGUUGUUGUGUUAGUCAACCUGGCUGUUAGAGAACAGUUUGAGAGGCUGUCUCUUUCCUCCUCACUUCCUGCCUCUCCCCCACCCACUUUUCCAAAGGGGAGAACUUGUAAUGGUUGAAACCACGGUCAUUUCUUCUUUGUCGCUUUUUCAAUUUGCUCCACUCCUACCCACAGAUCUGCAAGAGGGUAGCAAUCAAAGCAACCACAGAGAUGGAGUGCGUUUGCAGGGCUCUUCAUCUCAAUCAUAGAUACUGAAAGUGAAGGAAGGGAGUGUAGUUUCACCCCAGGCGGUAAUGGGCCUAUUGAGGUAAUUGAAACCUCGGUAGCUUAACAUUUAAAGUUUGUUGUAUAAACAGAGCCUUAGAUCUUUGUCAGCUCUUCUAAAGUGAGAUAAUGGAUAACUUGAAUGCUCAUAUAAUGUCAGUUCUAGGAGAAAAACUGCACAUGAGCUUGCUCUUGUUAGUUUAAAAGCUAUUAAACUUAAUUCCCGGUUAGUUUACACCUUUUCCUAUUUUAUUGCUCAAACAGCCUAGGAAAUUCCUCUGUGCUUAUACUGCAACAUUUUAAUAAAAUUUUAUAAUUCCUUCAA